GGUAUUGCCAGGGUUUAGGUAAAACUACAAAAAUGGAUGAAUCAUAGAUAUUUUGCUCCCUGAAUCUUGAAAUCGAAAAGUGCCUGAGUAAACAUAACCAGAAAUUUAUGUAAAAAAGAACAAUAGUUAACAUGGAACAGAAAGAGACUGAUAUCUGUAACAAGCAAAAAGAUCCAGAUAACAUCACAGACAGUGUAGAAGGAAAGACACUUUACUCAGACUUUGACAGAAAUCUCAACCACCAAUUUCCUGCAUCAGACUAUGACGACCAAGGAGGAAAUUAUGACCCAAUUUCUGAAUUAUCACAACUUUCAAUCGACUCCUUAACUUUAGACAAAUUACCUCUUGAACUAUUGAUACAUAUAUGCAAUUUCCUGGAAGCAGGUUUUGUUAUUCACACUUUCAGCAAAGUGUGUCAGUUGUUCAAAGACUUAUUUGAAGGUGAUUCAUAUUGGAUAACCAGAAUAAGGAAAAGGUGGCCCAAACCAUAUCCACCUGUUUCAGAUGAAGAUUUUAAUUGGCAAGAAGCUUGUAUAGAAAGAGAGAAGUGUUGUCGAGUAUGGUCAGAUACAAAGAAUCAGACAGAAUCAAUCGUGUAUAAAGAUACUAUAUUUGCUCCAGUGGAUUCUGUUCAUUUGAUGGAAAAUGGCAGAUUUCUAGCAUCAGGAUCCCGAGAUAGAUAUUUAACCUUAUUAGAUCUGUCUAAGUAUGACCCUACCACUUCCAAACAGAAUGAUAUGAAAGUGUACGCCAGCGACAAAGCACAUAAGGGUUGGAUUUGGUCCCUGACUUCUAAUGACAAAACACUCUGCACAGGAUCAUGGGAUAGAUACAUUAAGACUUGGGAUCUGGAAGCAGGUGUUGUAGAAACACAAUCAUUUAAGUGUCGAUCAGCUAUCCUAGGAUUGCAUAUAGAAGAUAACAUGAUUUUUGGUAGUGGUUUUGAUCGGCUAGUAUAUUCUAUAGAUCCAAGAGAAAAUGUUAUUAAAAAGAGAAAGUAUCAUCGAGGGCCAGUAUUAUGUUUGGCUGCUGACGAGGAUUAUGUUGUAACAGGAAGUGAAGAUAAAACCAUAGCAAUCUAUGACAGAAGAGCAGGAACAGUUUAUAAAACUAUACAGUUAGAGAACUAUCCUAUGAGUUUAAAUUUAGGACACCGACAGUUAUGGGUAGGAGAUAAGACUGGUGGUAUACAUGUGUAUAAUACAACUUGUGGACAGUUUAAACACAUAGAGAGUUGUGAUGUUGGUCAUACAGGAAAAGUUACUGGCAUCAUAUACACACCUGGUGCCCUGUUUACAUGUUGUACUGAUACAACCAUAAAGGUUUUGGAACCCAGUUUAAAUCCAGGCACCAUCAACACUCUGACCUCACAUGAAGGAGAAGUUGCAAGGAUAUCAUAUCAGAAUGGAAUAUUAGCAAGUGCAGGAAGUGAUGUCUCAGUACGGAUUUGGAGACCAAAAGAUACUUGGUACUAAACUUCUUAAAGACUAGAAAAAACAGAUGAAAUUGGGAGUAGUGCAAAAUUCUGCAAUAUUAAAUACACUGGUGCUUGCUUAUGGCUGCUGACAGGGUUGACAAUGCAAUCUGAAUAUUUUUAGUCCCAGAACUUGCAUCUGUGAAAUAGGAUUUAUGAAUAAAUUUAUAAAAUACUUAUUGUGAUUGCAGAGAUAAGCACAUAACAAGUUAGAUAUGUAGUAGUAAAAAUUAAAAAGUAAAGGAAAGAUUAUAUUUAGGAAGUGUGAUCUGUUAUGAUGAGGACAGGUUGUUAAUGGACCAAGUUUCAUCUUUAUUGUUUUCAUUUUUCUUAGUUUCACAUUCAAUUGGAUCUUACCUAUUUCACAGCUAAAGUCUUAAUAAAUUUACUUAAGUAUUAGGUUAUCAACAAUUCAAUCAGUGUCAUUGUAUGUAUAAUUAUUCAGCCUUUACCGUUAUCGUUUGAUGGCAAAAGGGAAUAAUCAUAUUUUAGACUUUUUUUAUUAUUGAUGAUGGACAAGUGCAGGAUUGUUAUGCUUUCUUGAGUUGAUAUACCACUGUCUUUUAGUACGGAAAAUACAGUUGUGACAAGGAUUAAUAAUGAAGUGAAAAGAAUAAUGUUUAAAGCGAAUGAUGAUGUAGAAAUAUAUAUCAAUAAGUUAAGCUUUGCUGUUGAAAUUCAUCUUUCAAGAUGGCAAGCGUUUACCGGACACAUUAAAAAAAAAUCUACACUCAAGGUAAGUUGCUAAAACAUAGCUCAAAAUGCUAUAAAAACAUUGGAAUUUUCUUCUUUUUUUUCCUUUGGUGCUUUCCCUUGCAACAAUUGUAUUUUUUUAAACCAAGGUUUUCUUAUGAGAUGAAAAUCAAGAGUUACCUAUGUUUAAAAGGUGACAUUUCUUGAGAUUUUGAAAUAUUGUCAAUAAACUUAAUAUUCCAAAAUUGCAUUUAACAUGGUCAAGCAUGAAAUAAUUGUUUUAUUAAGAACAACAUAACAUUAUGAUGAUAAUUUACACAUUUGUUUGUUUUUUUUGUUAAUAAUGUAUUAUGUUUAGGCCUUCAAUUCAAGUAUCUGUCAUGUCUGUGAUAAUUUUUAGUAUGUAACAUAUAUAUUGCAUAAAUAUUUUAAACAU